AUGAGGCUUAUACGCCACUUGUGUCUACUGCUUGUACUGAUAUCUAAUUCAGCAGAACCCACGGUUUCAAUUUCUUGCCAGAGGCACUGUGGAAAUAUUUCUAUACCGUUUCCAUACGGUAUGGGGCACGGUUGCUACCACAAUGAUUGGUACGAGGUCAAGUGCAAGAAUUUCGUCCCGUUUCUGCCCAAGAUCGGCAAGGAAGUGGUCCAAAUAGAUCUUCCGAGACCACUAAAGCAAGAAGAUAACUUAGUUGAGUACGUUCCUUCGGGGUCACUCCGCAUCAAAACUAGGGUAAGUUCUUUGGGGUGUAAUGGCGACAGCAGCAGGGGAGAAAUGACCGAAGAGCUUGUGAAUUUUUCUGGAACUCCUUUUUCCAUCAGCGGCAAUAACAAACUCGUUGCUUUUGGGUGCAAUAACAAGGUCACAUUGACGCAUAUCGACCCCAGAAUUGUCGGAUGCAUCUCCACUUGCGAUAUCAUGAAACCCCUACUAAGUUCCUCAGAAAAUGGCUGCCAUGGCUAUAAGUGUUGCCACGCAAGCACACCAACAGAGUCCCUUGAUGAGAUUGGUGUAAAAAUAGAGAGCAUUGAUGGCAAUAUAACAUGGGGAGGGUGCAGAGUCGCCUUCUUAACCGACCAGUUUGACCAACCGUUGCGGCCGUGGGUUAACAUAACUGAUCCCAAAUGGUUUUACGAGAGGAAGUAUUUCACUAUCCAGCUUAAGUGGCAUGUUCUUACGACUAAUAUGUCGUUUGAAGAAUCUUUGCAGUGCCUCACCGACCCACUGUAUGACGUUCACUUAAAACCUUGCUACUGUACUGGGGAGACCAUUCCUGAUGAGAUCAGCUAUCUAGCAUGUGCCUGCACUUAUGGUUACGAGGGCAACCCGUACGAGGUAGAUGGAUGCAAAGAUGUUGAUGAGUGUAAGAUCCUCGAAGCUGGAGGUCCCAAGUAUUGCCCCACUAGCGGCGAAACUUGUCUAAAUGUUCCAGGGAGCUAUCGAUGCGUGAUCAAAGAGGACAAAUCCUACCGAAUUUAUAUAGGUGCAGCCUUUUUGGUAUACAAAUUGAUCAAAACGCACAUAAAGAGGAAGCUCAGGGAAAAGUGUUUUAGGCGAAAUGGUGGUAUGUUACUACAGCAGCAGUUGAGUUCAAGGGAAGGCGCUAUAGAGAAUAACACUAUGUUAUUCACUUCAAAAGAGUUAGAGAAAGCAACAGAAGGCUUCAGUUUGGAGAGGGUGCUUGGGCGAGGUGGCCAAGGGACUGUGUUUAAGGGAAUGUUAACUGACGGUAGGAUCGUAGCAGUUAAGAAGAAAUCCACGGUCUUGGACGAAGACAGAAUUGGGGAGUUUAUAAAUGAACUGAUCAUCCUGUCUCAGUUAAACCACCGGAACGUAGUACGAGUUCUUGGUUGCUGUCUAGAGACAAAGGUGCCAUUGUUAGUAUACGAGUUCAUAUCCAACGGUAAUCUCUUUCAACGUCUUCAUCAUCAACAAGAAAGUGAUGAUGGGCUGAUAAAAUGGGAAAUGAGAGUUGGAAUUGCUAAAGAUAUAGCCAGAGGCCUCUCGUACCUUCACUCUCUGGCUUCACCUCCUGUUUUCCACAAAGACAUCAAGUCUGCGAACAUCAUGAUUGACGAGGAAUUCCGAGCAAAGUUGACAGACUUUGGUACGUCUAGAGUGAACAUAGCUGGUGGUGAACACAGCCACAUGACGACGACGGUGGUUUCGGGUACUCCUGGAUACAUCGACCCCCAAUACCAACAGUCCGGCAGAUUCUCUGAAAAGAGUGACGCGUAUAGCUACGGCGUCGUUCUGGCUGAGUUGAUAACUGGUCGACCAUCUAUCCAAGGAGACACUACUUUAGCAUCUUUCUUCCUCGAAGCAAUGAAAGAGAAUAGACUUUUCGACAUUUUGGAUCCGCGAAUCCGAAACGAUUGUGACCUCGAACAAGUCAUGGUGUUGGCCAACAUUGCGACUUCGUGUCUGAAUCUCGAGGGGGAGAAACGCCCCACAAUGAUUGUCAUUUCCCUGGAGCUGGAACAGACUUUUCCUUCCCAUCCGGAUACCAAAACCACGGGGAAUGACAAGAAUGAAGCUAGCACAAGCAGAGCACCGUUGAGCAUUGAUGUCGCGAUAUGA